UCCGCAGCUCCCUGAGGCUACUUGGGUCGGGCAGCCAAUGCCAAUAUCAAUGGUAUAUUAUAAACCCUCGCUCAAGGAGAUGGUUUCGUCAAAUGCCUCACUGUUUCGUUAUCGCAAAAUUUCUUCCUCAGCGUUCGGCUAAUUGGACAUCACACUAUGGCCUCGAAAAAGCCGCGUCUUUGAAAGCUCUCCCUUUCCUGGCAUUGCGUGUUUCGCGAAGCGACGAUGGGGUGCAGGAUUUGUGCCGUCAAGGACAGUUUCUGUUUGUUAUCUCCCCCGAGAAGCCAACAGGAGUGAACGAUGGGUGCUACUUCACCCUAGGAUCGUCGCUGAACAUAGAAAGGAAGAUGUUGCAUGUUGAACCUCCCUUGCGCCCCGGUGGGCGUACUCUCUACAUUCAUACUUUUCCGAGGCUUCAAGCGGAUGCCAUUCCUAUUCUGAGGCUUCAAGAGGAUGGGCUAUUUGAAUUCUCGCUAGCGGCCGUGCCUCACCUUCCGCAUCGACUCGACGAGUCUAGUUUCCUCGCUUUCUGUGGUUCGGUCAUGGACGUUUUCGAGAAAUUCGUAAAACGCGCGAAUGAUGCGCGCUCGUCCGGUGGAAGCGAGCUCGUGGAGGACGGGUGGGAUUCGUGGAGUGGCGAGUCACCCUAUGAGUAUGUGCGUGACCCAGGGGGUUAUGUUUUUGAAUAUUUGGAACCACAGAGUUUCCGAAUGUCAGCCGCUGCUGUUGGAGCGACAUCCAUAUAUCAAGAUUUACUACUGUACAAGCAAAUCGCUGCAGACUAUUCAUGGAUGGGUGUCACUGCUGGCGUGAAGUGGGCUUUGAAGUCAAGAGACCAUUAUCGUGCGUGUGGGGUCCGACGAAGCGGUGCGCUGCUGCCAGCUUAUUCGUUUGUCGAAAAUUUGCCGACCUUCGAUGAAAGUCUCAAGGCACAUGCUCUAACUCUCUGGUCGACGAAGAUUCCCAUUGACGGUGACCCAGCUGUUGAAGACUCGGAUUCAGAAGAAGGGGACUGGGAUGAUGGACCCGAUGUUGAUUUCGGCGUCGUCCCGGACUACAUGCCUCCUGUGUCCGCCCCGUCCACUAGAGUUAUCGCCUUUGAUAUCUUUGGUACCAUCCUGGAUCGUGAUGGUGCCAUUAAUGAUGCCAUGGGGCUGCUAUCACCAACGCAUCCAGACAAACGCCGUUUGUCUGAAGUGUAUCUCGAAUGCGAACUUAUGAGACACAGAGAUCAUGCUGACGCACCCUAUACCGACAUCGUGCGGCACGCUUUGGAGGAUGUCUGUGCUUUUAUGGAAGUGCCGCUAAGCGAAACGGUCCUCCGGGAAGCUGUCCAGACUAUCCUGCAACCUGGUUUAUAUGCCGAUGCAGAAGCAGCUGUGAAGACGCUCCUGGAUCAGGGUUAUGUGCUGGUCGGUCUUCCGAUCCCAGACGUGAAAUCAUUUGUACUUCCCCAACUUCCUUCUGGUCUUACUUUGCGUGAUCAGCCUUCGCCACUUUCAGAUCUUUUUGGCCAAAAUCACUCAAUGUUUUCGGACCUCUUGGAAUGCGGUACUGCUGAUAGGACUCAGGUUCUUGUAGUGACAUCCAAUCAUUACCGAGUGAUGGAACCGGCAAGCGUGGCAGGUUUCCCAACGGUUCUGGUCCAACGUCCUGGAUGCAUAGGAUCGGGAGUGAAGCUUGGGACAAGUGACCCAACCCUAGCGGUUGACGGACUGCAAACUCUACACACGCAGCUACAAAAUCCGUCUGCUCAUCAUCCUUUACCAGUGGAACGCACUCCGGCUCGGUUCAAGGCCUUCCGCGUUUGUGGCAUGUAUCAAGUGACGAAAUUGCUUGGAAUGGGGAGCUUUGGAAAUGUGUCAAGUGCUUUUCACGUUCUCACCGGCUCGGAGGUCGCAGUAAAAAUGGAGGUCCCAUCGGACACACCGACUGCGCCCGUCGUGUUGCCUUAUGAAGUUCUGGUGUACGACCUGCUACGCGGACACCCAGGGAUACCAUCGUGCAAAUGGAGUGGUAUUGAUCGAGGAUCCCAUAUCUUGAUUCUCGAUCAAUUAGGUGCAAAUCUUCAACAGGUGCGAAGACUAUGCAGAGGCGAGCUUUCUUUGAAAACGGUAGCUAUGCUCGCUGUUGAAAUGUUGGAUAGAAUUGAGUUCGUGCAUUCACGAGGGGUUAUCCUGCGGGAUAUCAAACCUGAAAAUUUUGCGAUGGGUCUUGGGGAGAAGUCCCACACCGUCUAUCUAUUCGACUUUGGUUUGGCGAAGCUUUACGUCGACCCAUUAACAGGAGCACAUAUCCCGUUCCGCGAAGGUCGCGUUGGACUGGGGACCCCGCAGUAUGCGAGUUAUAACGUGCAUUUUGGUCGAGAACAAGGACGGCGAGACGAUAUUGAAGCAUUAGGCAACGUCCUACUAUUUCUUUUGCAUGGACGUCUGCCUUGGCAAGGCGUCUACUCACCAAGCAUCGAGGCCAAACUACUUCGAAUGGGGGAAAUGAAAGCUGGUUCAGCAUUUCGUGACCUGCUCGCGCGCUCACCUAUGGAGUUCACUACGUACUUCGAUCACUGCCGUGGUUUAAAGUUCGAAGACAAGCCGGACUAUACCUUGCUAAGACUGCUGUUUAGCCAGAUAAUGGACAAGGAAGGGUGUACGGAAAACAGCAGCUUUGAUUGGGAGGAUGGAAAUUCCCGCAAAGGCCUUCUGUUGCCUGAGGAGUAUAAGUUGGAUGUCCGAUUUACCAAAGACGAUGUGUCCACGCUACAGUACGUGCCAGUGGGUCAUUACAUUCAAUACCCGCUAUGCAGUUGAAUGGUGCACCCCCAUCCUCCACUUCGAGAUUCAUGCCUAUGUAUACUACCUAGAAAUGAAUGUGCAUGUACUAUACAACUUGAAGUAGAAUGGUUUGUGACUGCGCAGUGUACAAGGGUGGUCUAACGCAGAUCCUCCGCGGGUGUGCCUGGGGUCCUGGCGCAGUGGCUGGAGUCCUGGCUCGCAGUCAGUUGCUACUACGUGUUGUAGUUGGUCCUCGAUAGACAGAGCCGUCGCCUCCCGCUACUUGGGUUUCCCC